GGUCUACCCAGUUACACGGGUCAACGAGGGUCUCCAUCGCCGCCGGCCGCCCUAAUUCACGCUCAUUCAUAUUCAUUCUCUUUUCUCUCUGUCCCUCUUCCUUUCUCCCCAAAGACUCCUAACUAGACAGGCCGAUCCUCCCCAGCGGCACUCCCUUUCAUUCUUCCCUUCCCACCACACACACACACACACACACACCCGGACCCAGACAGCCCACUCCACUUUCCAGACGCCCACCUCCUACAUACUCCCCUCCCCUAAACAGACAUUCACCCACUCGCCAUCUGUAGCCUCCUUCCAACCCCCCGCCCCGCCUGCCUGGCUCCCCCUUCCCAAGAAGCAGACCUGCACUGUGGGACGCAGGGACCCCCGCCAGAAGCUCGGGUCGUGCGCGCCGCACUGACCUCGGCCCGCCCCGCUGGGAAACUAACAAAGGCGGGCGCGAGCCCCGAGCCCAGGAGCCGCGAGCGGCGGCCUCGGGGCCGAGGAGACUGGGCCGGGCCGGGCGGGGACUACUCCGGAGUCAGGAGGCAGCAGCGGCGGAGGACGCGGAUCCCUGGCAGUCAGCGCCGCUCGGACGCUGCCGGCACCAUGGGCUGCUGCACCGGACGCUGCUCGCUCAUCUGCCUCUGCGCGCUGCAGUUGGUCUCAGCAUUAGAGAGGCAGAUCUUUGACUUCCUUGGUUUCCAGUGGGCACCUAUUCUUGGAAAUUUUCUACACAUAAUAGUUGUCAUAUUGGGUUUGUUUGGGACCAUUCAGUACAGACCUCGAUACAUAAUGGUGUAUACAGUGUGGACUGCCCUCUGGGUCACCUGGAAUGUGUUCAUUAUCUGCUUUUAUUUGGAAGUAGGUGGACUCUCAAAGGACACCGAUCUAAUGACAUUCAAUAUCUCUGUACAUCGGUCAUGGUGGAGAGAACAUGGGCCUGGUUGUGUCAGAAAAGUACUGCCUCCCUCAGCCCAUGGCAUGAUGGAUGAUUACACGUACGUCUCUGUCACAGGCUGCAUCGUUGACUUCCAGUACCUGGAGGUCAUCCACAGUGCUGUCCAAAUACUACUCUCUUUGGUGGGUUUUGUGUAUGCCUGUUAUGUGAUCAGUAUUUCCAUGGAAGAAGAAGACACAUUCUUGUUCUGCCAGGAUGAUGCACCAAGUUAAGAUUCUAGAUGGCUGAGAUAAAUGCCUGUCCUUGCAAACUGGAAAGAAGAUGAUUAUAGAAGGGAAUGAGAGAAGCAAGGUCCAGAAUGGCCAUACUUUUUCAAAGGCACAUAAAUUUUGGAAUUGAGUCUCUUGAAAUUGAACACUCUACAUGCCUACACACCAUUUAGGAGGUCUUACAUUCACUUGGGGCACAACUUCUCCAGUUUUAAGACCACUAGUCUCUUAUUGUCUCCCUUCUCACUUCCUACAAUGAGGAAGAAUGAGGAUCUGAGACAGAGCUGGGGAGACUUCCAGACCCUCCAGACUCUUGGGGAUUGCCCUCAGCAUUUGUCAGAACAAGUUGCCCUCAAGGACAAUUGAACUAUAUCAGUUCUUCACAUAAGUACCUGAGACUGAGGGGGACAAGAUAGAGUGGGAAGCAUCCAUUUUGCAUAGUAUUGCUGAGUAGAAAGAGGUAGAAAAUGUUGGGAAACUCUGAUCUGGACAAUGCAGCCUCUCAGACUGCAUACUCUAUUCUUCCAGCUGGAACUGGCUUAACAUUGAGCAUUUCAUUGGUCCCAUGUGCUUCUCUUCAAUUUCGCAUGCCUUCUGAAAGGUGGAGGAGAUUUCAAACUUCCUGAAGCAUAAAGAGAACAACCAUAAAUAGUCAUAAAGCUGGCACUUGGGCAUCAUCUACCUGCUUGGACAGCUCUUCAGGAUCAAAAAGUUAUUUCAGGCAGGGGGUAGCACAGCCCCAACCACCCCCAGGACGUAAGCAAUGGUUUAAGGCACUGUCAAGUCCACUGUGCCCAGCAGACCCAUCAUGGUGCCUUGGUGGCCACUAGAUAUGCCAUAAGCAGCCCCAACUGUGGCCUGUGCCGUGCCUACUGAAUGCUCAGAUUCUUCAGACAGGAGACAGCAACAGAUCAGUGACACUGCAGAGUAGCUUGUUCUCUCGUAACAGCAGCAGGGUUUAGUUGCCAGCUACCUCUGAAAUAACUAUUCUCUCCUAAAAGCCUUCAUUAUGGUGGGGUGCUGCGAACUCCUCUCUGCAGUCUUUGAAGGGCCUCUCUGUGUGAACUAAGUUAAUAUCAAGCCUCUUCCCCAGCUUUUUCCUUAUGAAUUUAUAUCAAGGAACAAGCAAAUCACAGUGUAAUAGCCCCCAUAUUUGAGUUCUUCAAAUGUUUCUUUAAGACGUUAUUGCUGAACUUGGCAACUUGUAAAAUAAAUGCUAAUUAGAAAAGCCUAAUACCUACAUAGCAGGAACAAUGAUGGACGAGAAAGCAAGCUCAGAAUAAACGUGUUAAUUGCC